AUGGCUCGCAUCCAGAUCCCCAUCGACGCCCUGACGAACCGUCUCGGCCUGCAGGAGCGCUUCAACAGCAUGCGUUCCGGUGGUUUGAGCGGCCGCUUCGCCAACCUGCGUCCCGUCGGCGAGUUCUUCGACAUGAAGCGCCUCUCCAAGCCAGCCAACUUUGGCGAGGUUCAGUCGCGAUGGAACUACAACCUCUCCUACUUCUCCAGCAACUACAGUGUCGUCUUCUUGAUGCUCAGCGUCUACGCUCUGCUGACCAACUGGCUGUUGCUGUUCGACAUCAUCUUUGUCAUUGCGGGCAUGUUCCUCAUUGGCAAGCUCGACGGUCGUGAUCUCGAGAUCGGCUCUUUCAAGGCCACCACAUCCCAGCUGUGGACCGGUCUUCUCGUCAUCUCUGUGCCCUUGGGCCUGUACGCCUCGCCUUUCGCGACGCUGCUCUGGCUCGUUGGUGCUUCUGGCGUGGUCAUCCUUGGCCACGCUGCUUUUAUGGACAAGCCUAUCGAUGAGGCUUUUUCCGGGGAGGCGGUCUAG